GGGGCGGGCGCUGGAUGGGAGAAGCGCUGCUCCGCCGGGCACGGCCGCGCUCGCCCCCCACCCCUCCCGCCGGCUGCGGGGAGGAGGACGGCGGGGCAUGCCGCCGGCGGGGCGGUUCCGCGGGGACUGACAUGCUGCUGAAGGAGGGAAGGCGCCGGCCCCUCCGCCUCUCCCCGCGGUAGCCGUGGCGAUGCUGCAGGGCGCUCUCCGGGCUCUCCCGCAGGUGCCAGCUUUCCGCUCGCUGCCGUGAGCGGUGCGGGCCGAGCUCCCUCCCCGGGGCGGCGGCGGGGAAGGCGCUGCCCGCGGGGCCCCCUCGGCGGCGGCGGCGGCGGCGGCUCCGCGCGGCGGAUGCGCGUGCAUGAGCUCUGCACCGAGCGGGCGCAGGAAGCGCCCCCGCCCCGCCGCCUCCAUCUUCCCGGGCAGCGGGACCUCGCCGCGCGGCCGCGACGGGGAGCGGCGGGGCAGCGGCUCCGAGGGGGCCGGGCAGAACCAGCGGGCCCUGGACGACUGCAAGACGCUCGUCCAGGAUUUCAAUACCCAGGUGGCCCUGUACCGAGAGCUGGUGAUUUCCAUUGGGGAUGUCUCUGUCACCUGCCCAUCUCUGCAUGCAGAAAUGCACAGAACCCGGACCCGGGGAUGUGAGAUGGCCUAUCAGGCUCACCAGAAGCUAGCAGCAAUUUCCGGCCCAGAAGAUGGUGAAAUUCAUCCUGAAAUCUGUAGACUGUAUAUCCAGUUGCAGUGUUGCUUAGAAAUGUACACAACAGAAAUGCUCAAGUCCAUAUGUCUGCUAGGAUCCCUGCAGUUUCAUCGGAAAGGAAAAGAGCCUUGUGCACCACCCAAGAUCCUGGAUACUAAAGUGGAGGAGAGCUCCGAAGUACCCAUCUUAGAAGACACAUUGUCAUCACCUACAGAUGUUCAACAGCAUUUAUGGCAGGUUUCCACAGACAUUGAAAACACUGAGAGAGAUAUGAGAGAAAUGAAAAACCUUUUAAGUAAACUCAGGGAGACUAUGCCUUUACCACUGAAAAAUCAAGAUGAUAGCAGCCUCCUAAACUUGACCCCUUACCCAUUAGUAAGAAGACGUAAGCGAAGAUUCUUUGGACUGUGUUGUCUUGUCUCAAGUUAGAAGAUUAAAUAAACACCCAGAAAAUAAAACAUUGGUUAAACCACCAUCAUUUCAGCCCUGAAAAGAACACUACUAUUCUUUAUUAUAAUGCAUAUUUUCUAUGCUGGCCUAUUCUUUCUCUCAGCUGCUCCUCCUCCUUUUCGACAUUAAGGUUCUAAAGCUUAAAGUUACAGUGGCCAAGAACCAGCUGCAGAAUAGAUCUAGAAUAACUAAGAGUGUUUUUAAAACUUCUAAAAGUAUGUUUUGCAUGCUUACUUUCAAGCACUCAGAGAAAAGACAUAUGGAUUAUGGUUAAUAGAUUAUUUUUAAGUUUUUUAUUGUUUGAACUACAGCUGAAAGUUUGUGCAUAGUACAGUAUACUCAUUAGUAUCAUAUUGAAAUACUUGAUCAUACUCUAACAGUCUUUAAGCAUAGAAUAAUGUCUAACAGCAAAAGUACUGAAGUUCUAAAAUAUUCAAACACUGUCAUAACAGAUUUUGCACAAAAUCUCCAGUUGCUUUUUGUGCUCUUGUUCAUAUUUAGUCUUCCACUAUAUCUCAAUUUAAAAGCUUCAUAGAAAAAUAUCUUAACUUACAAAAAACCUAUAUGAAAAUCUUUAGAACUUGUAAAUACAGAGAAAUCAUUCAACCUAUAUACUGUACAAUACAUAGAAAUAAGGCAUUUCCUUCUAAGCCAAUAGUAUCUCUAAAAGCCUUUGAAAUUAUUUAUUGAAGUGUAGCAAAAUAAACAUUGUAAAACACAACGCCAAGCCAAUUUGUUUCCAAUAGAAUUUAAAGCAUGCAUAUCACUAGUAACUCUUAUAGGGCAUGCCAGAAUUAUCUCAGACUGUAAGAUACUAAACGUUUUACAUUGUUAAUAAAGUUUUUUAUUUAAAUUAAAUGACUUGUUUCUAGCGAUAUUUCCAGAACAUAUGGGGAUUUUUUGUAAUUUUACUGUAAAAAAAAGAUGCAAAGUUUUGGUAAUUUUUCCAUUUCAAGAUGUAUGUUUACAAAGAGACAGAAAAUGACAAUUAUUAUAAGUGCUAAAAUGUCUGCUAGUAGAAGCAAUAUAUAUGGAUAUGCCAGACUUGUAUUGAUAUUUCAGGAUGGUAGGUGAGACACCAGAACUAAACUUGCACUAGACAGUACCACUACAAGCCCCAUGACCAUCUGUAACUACAGUACAGAGCACGAAGGUGGCUAUGAGCCUGUCUGCUACUCCACCAUGAGCCAACAUGUUAACAGGAACAAAAGUCCUUGCUGCAUAAGGGUUUUGUGGUCUGUACAGAGGAAAUGUUCCCUUGUCACAGAAAACACCUCUGAAGUUAGAUACUCUGUGUGUUUUUUUGGCUGGUAAGACACUUCCAGAAGCAGUUUGGUACAGAAGGCUAUUCACUGAACUGAAUAUGUUUCAUCUGACUGAUUUUUCUACCAUUUGUUUCUCUUGAAAUGCUAUUUACUGAAAAAGGAAGAAAACACACACCUUAACCGCAGUGUUAGAGGACUGCAUGGCCCAGAACCUGAGAUCUAAUUUAAUUCCAAGAUGGGAAGGCAGAAAUUAUUCUUUUUGAAUAAGUGAUCCAGUAAGUCAUAUCAUUUCAGAUUUAGGAAGUUGUGUAACUGAGUUGAUAAUUUUUUUUUUCAAAGUAUACCUUUCCUUUCAAGCAGAUAUAGCAGACAGUUGUUUAUUUCCAAGUUGUAGUCUCCUGAUCACCUUCUUUCAGCCCUACAGGUUGCUCCAAAAGUAAUGCCUCCUAUUUGUUUCCAUGGAUACAAUAACAGCUGCAGAGAGUAUAAAUAACACAGUUUGGUAGAAAAAAAAUUCAGCUACAAGAUGCUUUUUCAACACAGUCACCACUGUUAGCUAUGUAUUUUUGCCUGUGAUUAACAAGAGCCUGCAUGUCAUACUAGUGAAAAUAUGCACAAGCAAAAGCGACCCACUGUUUUACAGCUAUGACAGUACUGUUACCAGGAAAAUGCUGCCAUAUUUCAGUCCAUAUUUCAUUGGCCCAACCAGAUGAAAGUCAGAAGGCACCAAAUCUGGACUAUACAAUGGUAGGACAAUCUAGCCAAGACAGGCAACGUGCUCAAACUGGUCUUCACACUGGUAUGAGGCCUGGCGUUAUCAUACUGCAAGAGAAAGAUUGUCCUCUUCUCUCACCUGGCUCUGGAAGUUCAAGCCUUCAGCUCAGUCAGCAUUGUGAUGUAGUGAUCAGAGUUGAUGGUUUGUCCAUGUUCCAGGAAAUCCAGAAGGAUCAGCCCUUUCCUAUCUCAAAAGACAGUGCACAUCACUUCACCCGAUGAAGGCUGCGUCUUGAACUUUCUUCUUCUAUGGGGAAUGCACGUGUCGCCACUCCAUGGACUGCUGACUCAUAGUGGUGACACCAUAUCUCAUCACCAGCAAUGACGCAAUCCAGACAACUGUUGCCUUCAGCCUCAUAUUCUUUCAGUAUAUUCUGACAAACUUGCAUAUGAUGUUCUUUCUGUUCCAGUGUGAGCAUUUAUGGGACCCAUCUGGCACAAAUUUUACAAUAUCCCAAAAUUACCAUCAUUUUUUCCAAUGCCAUGAAGCCAAUAUUCAGUUCCAUACACAGCUCCCUGGAUGCAGUCUGCUCCAGGAUCCGAAUGGAUCUUCAUUUUGUGGUAUGACAUCCAAAACGUGGCUUGUCUUUCAUAUCACUGCCACCACUGCUGAAACACACAGCCCACUGCCUCACUGUACUCACAUUCAGUUUUGUCUCCAUAAAUUUUCAGCAAGUAUAUGUCAGUGAGUGCCUUUUUUUUUUUCCAUGUGGAGGAACACAUGGAACAUGACACACCUUUGCUUCUACACACUUCCCUGUCAGACUCCACUUUAGCAGCAUACCCCUCAGCUGCCAUCUGUCACAUGGCAACAACAUGUAGUGGAAUAUUGGUGGGAGGGUUCAACUUCUGCCUCUGAUAUCAUGGACCAACAUAAUAAAAUAGGAGGCAUUACUUGCAGAGCAGGCCUUGUGUAUUUUUGAAUAAUUAACCCCAAAUAAACACUUUUGAUGCAAUGUGAACGAAUGCAUCUAAAAUGCCCUCAUAGAAAUCAUGUUUCUACAAGCAAAACAAAUUCCAUCAAAGGAAUGCAUGCCUACAUACUGAGAGCAUAUAGCUGAAAGCACAAUAACAUUCUGUAAAUAGCACAGAGAAAGGUAACUGCAGUGUAUUUUAUGAUUUCAUGUCACAAUCUAUUCUUCAGAGUAUACCGCAUUUAUCAUCAGCAUAGCUGUAUGCAGUCACAAAAGUGUGUGCUUGUGAGCAUGAAUGUGUAUUUAAGAAGCAUGGAAUCAAAAUGCAUAGAAAGAUUAUUUUCAGAAUCUAUUUAUUUUCCUCACAGCAAUGUCCUCAUUAAUCAGAUUCUGCUUUUCUGUAAUAAAUAAAGAAUGUCCAAGAGA